AAGUGUGGCUGUGGCGAGUCUAAGAUCUAAGAGGAUCGUAGGGUUCAAGGAAAACGUGGAGCCCUCGGAUCUCUAGAAUCCCCAGACUCGGCCUCUGCAUGCAAGCAAACAACGUGGGCAGGCGCAGGUCUCCCCAGGAGGAGGACGGAGGCGCCCCCAAGAGCCACUCCCUGCGCCCCAAAGAGGCCAGCGGAGGCUGAGACCCCAGGAAGCUCCAGGACUGUCCUGAGCCUCCGCCGAGGCCGCGUCGGCAGGGGCAGAGGGGAAGGGCGGGGAGUGGGGAGACCCGGUCCCGCCCCCGAAGCCGACUUCCUGAUCCCCGAAGGCGGCCAGAGGGAGCGGCGGCCGCGGCGGCCUGAGACCCCGGCGCCAUGCAGGACGCGCGCAGCGCCAUCCUGGACGCGCUGGAGAGCCUGUCGGUCGACGAGCUCAAGAAGUUCAAGCUGAAGCUGAUGUGCGUGACCCUUCGCGAUGGCUACGGACGCAUCCCGCGAGGGACGCUGCUUCCCAUGGACGCCGUAGAUCUCAGCGACAAGCUCGUGAGCUGCUAUCUGGAGGCAUACGCCACCGAGCUCACGGCCACCGUGCUCUGCGACAUGGGGAUGCAGGAGCAGGCCGGGCAGCUCAGCUCUGGCGGCGGGAGGAACGGCAGCGGUCGAGCCGCGUCUCUCCGCGAGGCUCCCGUGCGCCUCGACCCGACCCGCAGCCUCCGCAGGCGCCCCGCGCGCCGCCAAGAUGCCCAAGAGGAAGGUGAUGAAACUGACCAGACAGCUGUCUUCAUCAGGAAUGCCCUUCGUAUGAAGGUGGGGCUGGAGUUUGCACAGCCAGUCACUUUCACAGACAUUAUCGUGGCAACUGUUGUCUGA